GAUUAUGAUGAUUGACUGAUUGAUGUUAUCAUGCUGGCAUCAAUAGAAUAUAGUAUAUGGAAAUUACAGAGUGAUGCUAAGAAUAUAACAUGGCUAAACAAGGUCCAUUGAGAGGGUUAAAUCAUAAAAUUGAGUUCUAAAUUAAUAAACCCCCCUCUAAUGAGCCACCCCCUUAUAGUACCUGAAAUAAAUAAGCCCCCAGUAGGGCUUAUUAGAGGAUUUUUGGUAAAAAUGUUGGAGUGUAACUGAUUAAGGCCUUCAUUGUCGUCACAUAGGAAAAUGACUGCACUUGUUUUGAUUUUAUGUAAAAUGUCUUUAUAUGGGAAGUGUGCUCAAUCAGGUGACCCUUUUUUUUAUAUGUUGCGACAUAUUUGCCUGUAAUUUUUGUACAAUCAUUUUGAUUAAGGGCUAAAACUGUGGAGGAUCAAGUCCUGUUAUUUUGGGAACAAGGAGAUUUUGGCUACAUCAAGAAAAUGAAAAGUCAAGUUAUAGAUUUAUGUCAACCCAAGGAACUGGAUGAUUCAUCAUUGACCUGCACUACUAAUCUGUGGUACUGCCGUGCAACAAACAUAUAUUUUGAUUUUAAAAAUUUUAACCCGGAUACUACCAGUGACAGGUUUCGUGGAGAUGUGUUGAAGGAAGGAGAGGUUGGAGGUCACUGUCAAUUUAAGAAAGACCUACACAAGAAUCAGAAUAAAAACAAAAGUCCUCUGCAAUCAUGGUUUGCUGAACUAGAACACUACACAUCACUUUCUGUGAAACCCAUCCAGGGUGGACUCUGUGAUGUUGUUGUAAAUAGACCAACCAUUUUUAUGAAAUUGGAUGCAGGUAUCAACUUGUAUCACCAUUUCUGUGACUUUGUUAACCUAUAUGUAACUCAGCACAUGAAUGGAAGUUUUAGCAGUGAUAUCAAUAUUCUUAUGUGGGACACAAGUUCACUUCCAUAUCGCGAUCUCUUCUCUGAUACAUGGAAGGCAUUUACCAAGCAUCACAUCCUAAGGUUAAGUGAAUAUGCUGGAAAACAGGUUUGUUUCAAAGAUGCUGUGUUUUCAUUCAACCCAAGAAUGAUUCGUGGGCUUUACUAUAACAUGCCAUUGGUUCCAAGUUGUGUUGGAAGUGGUCUUUUUAAAGCUUUUUCAGAGCAUACACUACAUCGACUUGGUAUAACACAAGAUAAUCAUAGAGAAGAUGAAUUUAGAAUAACACUGUUAGAUCGAAGCACAAAAUAUCGCAGAAUUCUAAAUCGAGAUGAGCUUGUGGGUGCUAUGAUGAAUGUUCCAAUGUUUAAAGUGAAAGUUGUUGAUUACACUUGGAAAAUUCCAUUUUUGGAGCAAUUAAAGAUAACCCAUAAUUCCGACAUAUUUAUUGGAAUGCACGGGGCAGGCCUUGCGCAUGCGCUGUUUUUACCGGACUGGGCAGUGCUUUUUGAACUGUAUAACACAGAAGACCCUGCAUGUUACAGUGACUUAGCGAGACUAAGGGGUGUCAAUUACAUCACUUGGGAACACAAGGAGAAACUUUAUCAGGAAGACGAGGGACAUCAUCCGACCUUAGGAGCUCAUGCUAAAUUUACAAAUUAUGCCUUCAAUGUUGACGAAUUCAUGAGGUUGGUCUACAAGGCGGCAGAUACAGUUAAAGAAAGCCGCCGUAAACUGCUGAACAGUACUCUAAGUAACCUUCCAGACGACGGAUCUACCAGCAAGUUAAAAGACGAGCUGUAAGUUGGCGAUAUGUAGCUUUGUUAGAGACAAAAAGGUUCAGUACAUCAGUAUGAUAUGAACUUCCGGUACAUCAGUAUGCUAUGAACUUCCGGUGCGUAACGGUUUGUCGAGAAGAGAAUUGUCAAUGGUAACAGUGACAGAUGUCUCCACAAUGUGAGUGGAAGUCACCAUCAAAGUUAAAGGAAGAAUUGUUUGUCGGGUGAAUGUUAUGACGCUGUCUCGUAUAAUCGGAUCGUUCACUUUUGCCUCGGUGUUAAACAACUGGCAGAUAAAGUUAGCGUUCGGCAGUUUUGAUCGGUGAUGAUCUUUAUAAAAUCCUAAAGGUGACGAACUUUGCCCAUACCUCAUGGGUUCUUGACACAGGUUACCCGUCUGAGAGGGGGGAAGGGGGGU